CAUAGUAAUGGAGUACAGCUUGUGAAUAACAGAGCUGUCGGAAGACUCAAUACUCUUUAAUGGUUGUUGACGAGCCAUCAAGGAAAAACGUUCACCAACCUUAAUUCAAAAAUUACCUUAUUAAUAUUAUUUCCAUUGCACUUCACCGAAUCACACCCAUAAGCUUCACUUCAAAUCUCACAUUUUCAUUUAUCCACUCUCUUCCCUAUUCUUAUCAUGGCAGCAGAAAUGGUUACCGGUGUUCUUGUUUCCACUUUUCUCGGGAGGACUAUUGACACUUUGGCUUCUCGUCUUUUCGACAUAUUUCACCAAAAAAAGCACAAGAAGCAACUCCGCAACUUGAAGAUGAAGCUCCUUGCCAUUGAUGUUGUGGCUUUUGAUGCAGAACAAAAGCAGUUCACAGAUUCAUGCGUCAGAGAUUGGCUUCUCAGGGCCAAAGAUGUUGUGAUUGAUGCAGAGGAUCUCUUGGAUGAGUUAGAUUAUGAACUCUCCAAAAGCCAAGUGGAAGCUGAGUCUCAGAGUGCUGCUAAGAAGGUGUGGAGUUCCCUCAAUUCUUCUUUUCUCAUUGAAAAUGAAAUUGAAUCCAGAAUGGCACAAGUCAUUGAGGACCUAGAUGAUCUUGCAGACGAAAGCAAUAUUCUAGGUUUGAAAAAGGGUGGUGGUGUUGAGGUUGGAUCAGGAUCAAGCAGUAAAUUAACAUAUUCAUCUUUGCCAAAUGAAAGUGAUAUCUGUGGCAGAGAUGAUGACAAAGAAUCUAUCUUUAAGUGGCUCACAUCGGACACUCACAACAACCUAUCUAUACUUUCUAUUGUGGGCAUGGGUGGGUUGGGUAAGACCUCUCUUGCCCAACAUGUAUUCAAUGACCCAAGGCUUGAAGGUAAAUUUGAUAUUAAUGUUUGGGUCAGUGUUCCACAAGAGUUUGAUGUUCUCAAAGUAUCAAGAGCAAUUCUUGACACAAUAGCCAGUUCAACUGAUCAUAGUAUACCGAAGGAAGUAAUUCAGAAAAGAUUGAAAGAAAACCUUAUGGGAAAGAAAUUUCUUCUCGUUUUGGAUGAUGUUUGGAACGAAAACUCAUCUAAAUGGGAAGAUGUGCAAAAGCCCCUUGUUUUCGGAGGCCAAGGCAGUAGGAUUCUUGUCACUGCACGGGGUGAGAAGGUUGCUGAUUCCAUGCGAUCGGAAAAGUACCGCCUGGAGGUAUUAAAAGAAGAUUAUUGUUGGGAAUUGUUCGCAAAGCAUGCAUUCCAAGGUGCUAAUCCUCAACAAGACCCAGACUUCGUGGAGAUUGCUAAGAAAAUAGUUAAAAAAUGUGAUGGGCUUCCUUUAGCGUUGAAAACAAUGGGAAGUUUAUUACACAAUAAAUCAUUCCUGUGGGAAUGGGAAAACAUUAUGAGAAGUGAUAUAUGGGAUCUUUCAGAAAAUGAAAGUGGUAUACUCCCUGCUUUAAAAUUGAGCUAUCUUCACCUUCCUUCUCAUCUGAAGAAAUGCUUUGCAUUUUGUGCCUUACUUCCCAAAGGUUAUCAGUUUGACAAGGAUAUUUUAAUUCAAUGGUGGAUGGCUCAAAAUUUUCUAGAAAGCCAUGUACAGAUAAAGAGUCCUAUAGAAGUUGGUGAACAAUAUUUCAAUGAUCUAUUAUCUUGGUCCUUCUUUCAACAGUCAAGUAACCAAGACGAAGAGCGCUUUAUCAUGCAUGACCUUCUAAAUGAUUUGGCCAAAUACGUUUGUAAGGACGUCUGCAUCAGGAUAGGAGUUGAUGAACCAGAAGGUAUAUCCAAAACAACCCGUCAUUGUUCAUUUUUAUCCUCUGAAUUAUAUUUUGAUGGGUUUGGGAGUUCAAUUGAUACUCAAAAGUUGCAUACAUUUACGCGAACAGAUCCAAACUCGGGUUGGAUUUGGUAUUGCAAGAUGUCCAUAGAUGACUUGUUCUCCAGAUUUAAGUUGAUACGUAUCUUAUCUUUGAAUCAUUAUCUUAACCUUACGGAGGUGCCUGAAUCUAUAGGAAAUCUUAAGCAUCUUCGUUCAUUAGAUCUAUCCUGCACUAAUAUAGAAGAGCUACCUGACUCAAUGAGUUUACUCUACAAGUUGCAAAUACUGAAGCUGAACAAGUGUCGUAGAUUAAAGCAGUUUCCCUCAUGUUUACAUAAACUUCAAAAUUUGCGUUGCCUUGAAUUAGUAGGUAUUGGAGUGGAAAAUGUGGCAGCACAUUUGGGAAAACUGAAGAAUGUUCAAGUAUCGAUGAGUUCGUUUCAUGUUGAGAAAAGUAAGGAAAUGAAUAUUCAGCGAUUAGGACAAUUCAAUCUUUAUGGAAGUCUAACAAUUGAUGAUCUGCAAAAUAUUGAGAAUCCCUCUGAUGCAUUAGAAGCAGAUUUGAAGAGCAAACCACACCUUAUGGGCCUACAUUUAGAAUGGAAUUUCAUUGGUAGCUCCUCUGUUGAUUCAACAAAAGCUGAGGAUAUAAUUGAGAAUCUACGACCUUCAAAAUACUUGAAGAAAUUGUCAAUAAGGAACUACAUUGGUAAACAAUUUCCAAAUUGGUUACUCCACAAUUCAUUACCGAACCUGGUGUCCUUAGUGUUGGAUGAUUGUAGAUCUUGCGAACGUUUACCUCCGCUUGGGCUUUUGCCAUUUCUCAAGGAAUUGCGUAUUUAUAGACUUGAUGGGAUAGUGAGUAUUGAUGCUGAUUUUCAUGGGAACAACUCUUCUUCGUUUAAAUCCCUUCAAACAUUGUGGUUCUCUGAUAUGAGGCAAUGGGAAAAGUGGGAUUGCCAAGAUGUGACAGGUGCUUUUCCACGUUUAGAAGAUUUUUGGAUAAAAAAUUGUCCUAAGCUAAAAGCAUACCUGCCAAAGUUUGUUGCUUUAAAAUACCUAUAUGUCUCUAACUGUGAACAACUUGAAGCUUUGAUUGUCAGUGCGAUAGAAUUACUUCUACAAGACUGUGGAAAGCUGCAGUUGGACUGCUCUACAAUGGAAAAGCUCACAAUGGAUGGGCACGACAUGGCAGCAUCAUCGGUGGCAAUGGUUGGACAUAUGCUAUUCAACACUUCUCUUGAAGACUUGUCCAUUUGUUCAACUCUGGAGACAAUAAGUGAUGAUUGUGUCUCUCUAAGGAUCUUUCCACUUGAUUUCUUCCCAACACUCAAGAGGCUUGAACUCAGUGGAUUUCCUAAUCUACAGAUGAUUUCACAGGAUCACGUUCACAAUCAUCUCCAGGAUCUGACAAUUGAAAAGUGUCCUAAAUUUGAAUCAUUGCCAGCAAACAUGCAUAUGCUGCUUCCAUCUCUCGUUGGGCUACACAUAGAAGACUGUCCGACACUUGAGUCGUUCCCUGAUGGAGGUUUGCCAUCAAAUCUAAAUUACAUCAGACUCGGGAAUUGCUUUAGACUUGUUGGCUUACUAAAGGGAGCUUUGGGAGACAGUUCUUCUUUGGAAAGCUUGGGGAUAUCAACACCAGAUGCAGAAUGUUUUCUUGAUGGAGGUUUGCUUCCAACAUCCCUUACUGAACUACAAUUUCUUGAGUGUCAAAAUUUAGAAAAGCUGGACUAUAAGGGUCUCUUACAACUCUCAUCUCUUAGAAGACUGUAUCUUCUAGACUGCCCCAACCUCCAACGCUUACCAGAGGAGGGCCUUCCUAAAUCAAUUUCUUCUCUUCAUAUAAUUGAUUGUCCUUUACUGAAACAGCGUUGCCAAGAAGGAGGCGAAGACUGGGAAAAAGUUGCUCACAUUCGAAACCUAUAUAUAUGUUCUAGAAAGAAUCUAUAUAAGAUAGAGUUAUUGAAAUAGAGUUAUUGAAAUGUAAAGAAACUUCUAAAGUAUUGGAGUUGGAGAAAAGCUUAGGAUAGAAAGAAAAAUCAAGAAUAUUUAAUUAUGUAGAGAAAUCUAGAAGGAUUUGCAUUAGUUCUAGCUAGGAGUUUUUAGAAUAAUCUAUGAGACUAUAAAUACCCAUGUAUCCUACCAUUUUAAAACAUCAAGAACAACUAACACAACAUCCAAUACAACUACUCUCAACUACAAAUACAUUUCUCCAAUUACUACUUUCACACUUUACUAUCUACACAUUUUCUCUAUCCCUUCAACUAUCCCUUU